AUGGAGAUUAGUCAUUUGAUAAGCAAUGUGUAUGAAUAAGAAAUCGAUACUGAAGAGGAUUAUCAUAAUCAACUAUAAUGGGAUAGAAAUAUGCACUUUUCAUUGUUUGGAUUGCAUAGUCCUGAACUCUCAGUAAUCGAAAAUGUCUCCAAUUAUGGAAGCUAGUUUGAUCAUAACUUCUCUCACUAUGAUAAUUCUGGCACCAAAGACUCUGAAAUAGUAGUUUGUAAAUCUAACAAAAAAAUUCGGAAACGAAAAUAAAAAAAAAGUUGUCUUCUUAGCAAAAGUGAAUUUAUUAAAAGUUUGCAGAAAAUAGAAUAAUGUCAAUCCAUAUAAUUCUUUUUGGAUUAGUUAUCUCACUCUGUCAAAACAAUGAAAGAUCAUUUAUGCAGAAAAUUUGCAAAGGCUAGCGAUAAAUGA